UCCCCGCCCUGCGCACGUCGUGGGGCAGGGAUGGCAGGCGCCGCCUCUGGCAGACCCACAGCCGUCUCCCCGCGGAGUGACCCCGGGGGCUCGGGGACAGACUGUCUGCCUGUUUCUCGCUGAGUGACUGACAGCCAGACAGCUGUCUAUCUGCCUGUCUGCUCCUCUGUCUGCCGGCCUGACCAGCCCUUGGCUGCUGUCUGUCCAUCCCCGGAGCCGCGGAUCGGUCCCUGCCCCACAAUCGCUGUCUUCUGUCCCGGGGUGACCUCGCUGGGAUGUGACGGAUGGUUGCCUCUGCGUGGCCCGCCUGCCCGGAGCCCAGCUGCCGGCUGUCUGGUUGACCGGUCGUGUGCGGUCGGGGUUAGUGCCUCGGGGCAGGCUGUGGCUUCCCACUCCAGACCCCUGCUUGUCCUCCCAGCACCCCAGUUCCCGUUCCCACGCGGGGUCGCCUGGGAGCCCCCUGGAUCGCCUGGAACACAGAGAAUGGAUUUCUGAGGAAGAAGUGGAACUACAGGCUCCAGGAGGCAGCAUGCUGUGUGCCUGGGCUGCUCCUUUGCUCCUGCUGCUGCUCCAGGGAGCCUGGGGCUGCUCAGACCUCGUCUGCUACACCGAUUACUUCCACACCGUCACCUGCAUGCUGGAGACGUGGACCCUGCACCCCAGCGCGCUCACCCUCACGUGGCAAGACCCGUAUGGAGAACUGGAGGAAGAGGUGACCUCUUGCAGCCUCCGCCUGUCCACCCGCAAUGCCACGCAUGCGGAGUACACAUGCCACAUGGAUGUGUUCCAGUUCAUGGCUGAUGACAUUUUCAGCAUCAAUAUGACAGACCAGUCUGGCAAUCAUUCCCAGGAGUGUGGCAGCUUUGUCCUGGCUAAAAGCAUCAAGCCAUCUCCCCCUUUCAAUGUCACCGUGACCUUCUCCGGACACUAUAACAUCUCCUGGAGCUCCAAUUACAAUUUAUUCGCGCUGAAGGGCAAACUUCAGUAUGAACUGCGGUACAGGAAGCUCGGCGACCCCUGGGCUCAGAGUCCAGGGAGAAAGCUGAUCUCGGUGGAUUCGAGAAGCGUCUCUUUCCUCCCCCUGGAGUUCCACAAAGGCUCGAGCUAUGAGCUGCAGCUGCGGGCGGGGCCCCAGCCCGGCUCCUCCUUCCAGGGGACCUGGAGCGAGUGGAGCGACCCUGUCGUCUUUCACACCCAGCCCGAAGAGAUGAAGAGAAACUGGUACCCUCACCUGCUUCCCAUCCUGAUCCUCGUAUGCCCCAUCCUUGUCUUCUUAGGCCUGAAGAUCCACCUGCCUUGGAGGUUGUGGAAAAAGGUGUGGGUACAGGUGCCCAGCCCGGAGCCCUUCUUCCAGCCCUUGUAUGUGGGCCAUAGCGGGGAUUUCAAGAGAUGGGUGGGCACACCCUUCCCUCCCUCCAGCCUGGAGCUGAGAUCCUGGAGUGUGGGGGUGCCCUCGAUCCUGGAGAUGCACAGCCAGUGCCCUGCACAGCGUGCAGCCAAGGGGCUGGCACCCAUGGAGCUGCCGGAGCCGGCUGACCUGGUGGAGGCCGACGGGGUACCUGAGCCGGGCUCCUGGGACCCAGCGCCCUCCACCGCCAGCACCUUGGGCGGCUCCGCUUACAGCCAGGAGAGAGACCGGCCGUAUGGCAAGUUAUCCAUUGAAAUGGUGACCGUGAGGGACGCAGAGGGGCCGUGCGCCUGGCCCUGCACCUGUGGAGACGACAACAGCUACCCAGCUCUGAACCUGGAGCCUGGCUCAGGCACAGAGGACCCGCUUCUGGACCCGGAGGCCACGUUCCUGUCCUGCGGCUGCGUCUCAGUCAGAGGCUCGGCUGGGCUGGGGGGCCCCGCGGGCAGCGUCCUCGCCAGGGUAAAGCCGUCCCCCGAGGAUGAAGCGGGCUGGGCUCCAGGGCCGCCCUGGGGGGACGGGCCACCCCGAGGGGUUUCGGACAGCGAGGCGGGCUCGCCCCCGGCCGGCCUGGACAUGGACACGUUUGACAGCGGCUUCGCGGACUCUGACUGCGGCAGCCCCGUGGAAUGUGACUUCAGCAGCCCCAGGGACGAAGGGCCCCCCCGGAGCUACCUCCGCCAGUGGGUGGUCAUGGCCCCUCCGUUGGCGGAACCUGGGCCCCAGGCCAGCUAGUGCGGCUGACUGGCCCUUCCAGCGCUGGCCGUGCCGCUGAGCCACGAGCCGCAGACAGGGUGGGUCCCCUGGGCUGGGCUGUGAAGAGGCCUGGAGCCCUCGGUCUCCCCGAUGGGGCCCCUGAGCUUGGUGUUUUCCGUGUGCAUCUGGGGCUCAGGUGCCGGUGGCGUGUCCUCGAGUGCGAGUGGCACACGUGCUGUGUUCACGGGAUGACAGCCUCUCUCCCAGGCCUGUGGGCUGGCCCCGGAUCACAAGCCACCCCAAGAGGCUGGUCCACUGCCGCCCACAGGGCCUGCUGAGACCAGGGCACUGCCUGGGACAGACCUCAAGCCUAGCCCCUGGGUCCCACCUCCAGGAGCUGCCCAAAGGCCACUCUGUUCCUUAUCACCUCUCCGGGGGGCGGGGGGUGGGGACAGGAAGGGGACCACAUGAGCCCACGGUGACCCUGGGAGUGGGGAGAUUUGGGGGUGGGGCCGGCAGACCCCAGUCUGAAUCUCAGCUCGGACACCUCCUGGCUGUGCCACCUCGGGUGAGUCACUGCCUGUCUCUGGGCUGGAGUUUCCUGUCUGGACGAUGGGGGGCAGGGGGCAUGACCUACCCUGGGGAGAAAUGGGUGAGGUUGCCCACAUACAGUGUGCCGCCCAGACCCUCAAUAAACAUCAGCUUCCUUCCUCCUGCGGCCAGGACCAAGGCCUCUGCUGCAGGUGGGUGGGGGCGAGGAACCGGA